CUUUAUCAUACACUUGUUGUGUGUGUCCUGCCUCUGCUGCUGCUAAUACUACUAACCAGGGAAGGAGAUUGGCAAGUGCUCGCCCUCGAGGCGUUUAAGGGCUACAAGCCUGACGACGACAAAGAAGACGCAGCCCAAAAGAACUGAUGACAACUGCCAAUUAAGUUAUAUGUUAUACAGUUAACAAGCAAAACUAGCAUAAUAAUUAGAAAAGCUAGCCCUAGCACACUGCCAAAUUAAAAUUGCUAGCCAAGCUAACAGCCAAGACUAAAAGAGCAUUUGAUUGUUGUCGCUUGUUAAGCACUGCAGUUCAGCCAGCUAGUGCUUUUGACCGCAUUUUAAAGGCCAAAAAACCGACUCCAAGCACACAUCUUUGGAAGAACAACGACAACAAUAACAACAACAACAACAGUAACAACGUCCAUAAGAAGCAUCAUCGUCAUCAUCAGCAUCAGUAAGGAGAAGCAAUCGAAGCAGCCAAAGUAGCCACACAGCCGCCGCCACAAGUUAAGCGAGUUGUUGCACGCCGUGGGCGCUUUUUUUCCCAACAGUGAACUACUUUACGGCAUAUAUUGCACAUUCAGCUUAGGACUAAGCCUGGCAGCCACCAUCAACAUGUUCAACACACAGCGACAUCCCCCAUUGCGUCUCAAUAGCGAAUUUGCUGCUACCACUUCAACUACUACGACGGAGGCGCCGCCGACUACAAGCGCAGCCGAUCUGUACGAAUCGCUGCUGACAACAGCUACAAACGGCGCGUCGAGUAUGCUAAGUAGUCUCUAUCAAACUGCCAUCAAUCCCAAAUAUUGCAUUUACCUUUGGGACGCUCUAAAUUUCACCAAUCAUGGCAUUACCUCAUAUUUAGCAAUGUCCGCGACCAGCAACUCCACAGCCUUUUACAACGACGAACUGCGCAAUGACUUUUACGCCCACGGCUUGGUCGAGGAUCCACGCACCGAGCUACUACGCUUAUAUAGCUAUGGCAUAUUUUUGCCCAUCAUCUGUACUCUUGGCAUCAUUGGAAACAUACUGAACUUACUGGUGCUCACUCGCCGGAACAUGAGUGGCCCAGCCUAUGUCUACAUGCGUGCAUACUCGGCAGCAGCUUUGCUCGCCAUUGCGUUUGCCAUACCCUUUGCCAUUCGCAUGCUUGUGCACAAGGAUAGCGGCAAGUGGGAGAAUUUCGGACCAGCCUUUUAUACAACGCAUCUGGAACUUUAUCUGGGCAAUGGUUGUUUGGGUGUGGGUGUAAUGAUGCUGCUAGUCCUGACUAUAGAACGUUACGUUUCCGUCUGCCAUCCUGGUGCCACUCGUCCGGUCGUAGGUCCACCUGGUCUGGUCGUCCUUAUCAUAUGCCUUGCCACAUUCAUUUUAUACAUACCCAGUAUUUUCCGGGGCGAGCUCGUCAAAUGUUCGCUCUCCUCGUCAGAUGUUUUCAUGUAUGUGCGUCGCGACAAUUUCGCCUAUCAGCACAGUCUGUUCUAUUCGGUCUAUAAGGUCAUGUUGGAGGUGGUGUUCAAGCUUAUACCAACAGUUGUCAUUGCUGGCCUCAACGUGCGCAUUAUGAUCGUUUACCGCGGCACUUGCAAGAGGCGCCGCCAAAUGGUGCUGAACCGUCUGAAUAACGAGGACUCUAGACAAUUUGCCGAGGAGCGGCGCCUAUUUCUUCUUUUGGGUAGUACUUCUAUUUUAUUCUUACUGUGUGUUUCCCCAAUGGCAAUCCUGCAUAUGACUAUUGCCGCCGAGGUGCUGCCAAGCUUCCCCUUCCAAGUUUUUCGUGCCCUAGCUAAUUUACUAGAAUUGAUCAACUACUCGAUCACAUUCUAUAUAUAUUGCCUAUUUUCGGAAGACUUUCGCAGCACCUUGGCGCGCAUAAUAAAAUGGCCGUGGCUUAGGAUGCGAAACUGCCGACAGGCGGAGGAAGAUGAGGUGAGUGGUACUCUUCAGCCCACAGCCGUCGCAGCAGUUUUUAAUCCUCAAUGCCCGCCAAUUCAUUCAGCCCGCAGACCAAAACCUGGGCGUCCCAAUGGUGCAAUUCGACACGAUUAAUACUACACCCAGACGUAGUCGCUAUAGUCGCCAUCAUCAUCGCCGCAAUCCUGACCAUCCACACCCAAACGUACAUCGACAACAUACUCGGCAUCAUCAUCAUCAUCAUCAGCAUCAACAUCAACAUCAAUCGCCACAUCAUUGCAUCCCACCUACGGGCACAGGAAGGGCCAGCAAUUUAUAGUCCAGGCUUUCACCCAUUCACUCACACCACCAUAUGCGAGUUCUCGAGUCCCAAGUCUAGAGUAUCAUCUCACUCCGAUAAUUGCAUUAGUGAACGGUUGAAUGGGUGAAUAUGCUUCUCUCUCCACUUUACUCGCUUCAAAUGGGUCUCCAUCCUAAACGAUUGUGUUCAGCUCGACUACGUAUACCGUAUAUUUAAGCUAGAGUUAUAGAAUAACAAAUUCAUAGAUAUACGAGAUACGACAUAACUAAAAGCUACAACUUUAGUUAAGGCAAAAUGCUUAGUCUUAAGGCAAUGCAUAGUUUAAAGCGACUUCCCCAAUUUACGUACGUACAUACAUAUAAUAUAUAUAUAUAUACACAAUUUGAUGUUUAGCAUUUACUCGUUCAAUGUUCAAUGCAACAGAAACAAAAAUAUUUAAUAAUAGUAUAUUUACGCAUACCAAUGCGCAAACUGCAGCACCAAAAUUUGAAUUGAGCUUGUAGUUGAAAUUACGAACAAACGAAUUUAGCUUGCUGUAAAUACGGUAUUCAAUAUCGAAUUUAGAUACGAUAUCACAGCUCUCAAAGCAAGGAAAGUGAUUCGUAACCAAGCUAUGAUAAAUUCGUAGCAAUUUCGAAUUCUAGUAUACAAGUCAGGCCAGACUUCAACGAUUGAAACAAUAUGAAUAUCUGUGCUGUGUCAGCUGCAAGAUAAAACUAACUUAAGUCGUUAUAGACAUAGCCGAACUAUUGUAGCAUUUUAAGUGCGUGCAAGUGAAAAAUUCCUUACUCUGUUUUUUUUUUUUUUUUGUUGUAAUUUACGUCUGACGACAUUAAAUUUGUUAAAUUAAUUGUAGUUUAAGUAAGUUAUUGACUAAGUUACACUUAUGUCUAGGUAUUAAAGUAAAAAAAAUUUUUGGUGAAAUGUUUAAACAAUUGGGUGCAAUUUUAAGUAAAACAGCUUGUAUAAUUUUACAAAAAUUAUUACGAAAUUAAUUACAAUAGGUUAGAAGCUUAUCGUAAGCAUUAAAGCCAAUCAGCACAAUCCGAACCAGAAAACAAGCAAACAAAACAAAACUAAAUAGAAAACACUUGCAGAGCGCGUAGAUUAAUCCAAUGAAUGUGUAGCUAUAUUAAAUACUCACUGAUAAGUAACUUUGCCAACUAAUGUACAAAAAUAAACUGAAUCUAUUAAAUAUACAAAUGUUAGGUAUAUUGGGCUGUAUACAUAACACUUACAAUAUUUAGAAACACAUGGACACACAUAAACUACACAAGUAAGUUCCUUGCAGUUGAUUGAGCCCCUCAAGUCUCAAGGAAUGCACUUGUCACACAUAUACAACUGAACGAUUGUUGCAUUUACUCAAGGCAAAUACUAAACGGUGAAAUUACUUACUAUAAAGCUUCGAAAUAGCAAACCUUACAAUAUAUAAAUAUCAAUAGAUGCUAGCAUACCUUAACUAGCUCAAUAGUUUGGCAAUUGCAAAAACCUACAAAUAUCAAUUAACACAAUAUUCCCCACAAUUUAAAUAAAUGUCUAUGUUAAUCAAAUAUAAGUACAUAGUUUAAGCCACAAUAACAAUAUACCCAAUCCACAUUUCAAAUGAUUGUUCAUACACAAAUAUGUCAUAUAAAAAAUACUCACAUAGUUUAAGAAACAUUUCAAACAGUUUAUGUUUAAAUGCAAUAUCCCAAAUCUACAGCUAAUGUUCAAAUUCCAAAAAAAAAACAAUAUAUCUAAUUAACAUUUCAAAACAGUUCAUGUUCAAUUGCAAUAAACCGUAGCUACAUUUCAAACAGUUUAAAUAAAUUUAAAAUA